CACGUGGCAAUCGAUAGCUCCCCCUUCGUCGUUGUCGUUGCCUUGAAGAAGAAAAUUUAGAAUUGAAGAACUGAACGCAUAGACUGGGCACUUUCUAGAGAGAGAAAAGUAGUAUGUGUGGAGAGAGAGAGAGGGUGUUUGGAGUGAGAGGGCGAGAGAGAGGUGCUAGGAGAGGGGGUUGAUUGAUGGUGAGUAUCUGUUUCUAGGGAAAAUUUUGGUGUUGGGAGGAGGAAGAUGUACGUAGGAGGUUCAAUGCGAAAGUCAUUCAAGGAUUCUCUUAAAGUUCUUGAAGCCGAUAUUCAGCACGCUAAUACUCUGGCAUCAGAUUUCCCAAGAGAAUAUGAUGGUGCCUGCCUACAGAUGAGAAUGUCCUACAGUCCAGCUGCACACCUGUUCCUGUUUCUAGUACAAUGGACAGACUGCCACCUUGCUGGUGCUCUUGGACUGUUGAGAAUCCUAAUUUACAAGGUUUAUGUGGAUGGCACCACAACCAUGUCUACCCACGAGAGAAAAGCAAGCGUCAGAGAAUUCUAUGCUGUCAUUUAUCCCUCCUUACAACAACUUGAAAGAGGUGUGAGUGAUACAGAAGAUAAAAGGCAAAAGGCAGUAUGCAUGGAAAGGUACAGAAGAAGAGAUGAUGAGGAACACAGGCACUGUUCGGAUGUAGAUAUUGAAAGGGAAGAAGAAUGUGGAAUUUGCAUGGAGAUGAACAGUAAGAUUGUGUUGCCCAACUGCAACCAUGCCAUGUGCUUGAAAUGCUACCGUGAUUGGUCAACAACAUUGUACUCUUACAGUCCUGUCAUUGAGAUUUUGUUGACUUGA